UAAACCUCACUUUCAACAGGCGGCUAGGGUUUCAUUCUUCUCCCCUCUUCGAGUGAGAAAUUGUUUUGUCAGGGUUUUGCUAUUUGCUGUUAUUGAGCAAGAAAUGGCGACUAUAAACCCGUUUGAUUUGCUGGACGAUGAUACAGAGGAUCCCUCGCUGCUUGCUGCUCAGCUCAAGAUCGAGCCGAAGAAAGCCGUAGUACCACCGGCCAAGCAGCCACCGCAGCCGAAGCUCCCAUCGAAACCGCUCCCCCCGGCUCAGGCUGUCAGAGAAGCAAAAGCUGAAUCUGCACGAGGUGGCCGUGGUGGUGGUCGUGGAUUUGGCCGUGGUCGUGGAGGACACAAUAGAGAGGGUGCCAGCAAUGGAAAUUCAUAUGGCAAUAGGGAGUUCUCUGCUCCUCAGGGUGCACCUGACAAGGAUGGGAAUUCUUAUGAAAGGCGGGGUGGCUAUGGAGCACCCCGUGGUUCUUUCCGUGGUGGACGGAGAGGUGGUUACACCAAUGGAGAAGCUGGAGAAGAAGUGGAGCGCCCUCGAAGGACAUUUGAUCGCCGUAGUGGAACUGGUCGUGGAAAUGAGAUGAAACGGGAAGGAUCUGGUCGUGGAAACUGGGGAGCACCUGAAGAUGAACUUGCACCAUCGACUGAGGAAGCUGUUGAUGGAGAUGAGAAAAACCUGAAUGUGGAGAAGCCCCCUGUGGAGGAAAACACUGCAGUAGAUGGAGAAAAGGAAGCUGCUAAAGAUGAAAAUGAAGAGAAAGAGGCUGAGGAUAAGGAGAUGACAUUGGAAGAAUAUGAGAAGGUUCUGGAGGAGAAAAGGAAGGCUCUGGUUGCUCUUAAAACUGAAGCAAGGAAGGUUGAUGGAAAAGAGUUUGCCUCAAUGCAACAGCUCACAGACAAGAAAGCUAAUGAUGAAGUCUUCAUUAAAUUGGGUUCCGAGAAUGAGAAAAAGAAAGAUUUAGCAGAGAAAGAACAAAAAGCUAAAAAGUCUGUCAGCAUCAAUGAAUUCUUGAAGCCUGCUGAGGGAGAGAGGUACCACAACCCUGGUGGCCGUGGGAGGGGCCGAGGCCGUGGACCAAGAGGUGGAGGCUAUGUUGGGUCCAAUGACAGGAGUGGUUUCCAAGCACCAGCCAUUGAAGAUCCCGGGCAGUUCCCGACCUUGGGUGGCAAACAAGGUUUUGCUUGGUUUUGUUGCGAGAUGGCGACAAUAAACCCGUUUGAUCUUCUGGGUGACGAUACCGAGGACCCCUCACUCCUCGCGGCUCAGCAGAAGAUCGAGCAGAAGAAAACCAUAGCACCACCGCCCAAGCAUGCAGUGCAGCCGAAACUCCCCUCCAAGCCGGUACCCCCGGCUCAGGCUGUCCGAGAGGCAAAAUACGAUUCUGCCCGAGGAGGUGGACGAGGUCGAGGACGUGGAUAUGCUCGUGAUGGUGGUGCACGUCCCAAUAGAGACUUUGCCAACAAUGAAAACUCAUAUGGCAAUAAGGAAGUAUUUGCUGCUCAGGGUGCACCUGACGAGGUUGAUGGAAGAUCAUCUGAAAGGCGUGGCGGCGGCUAUGGUGGACCCCGUGGUUCAUUUUCUGGUGGCCGUCGAGGUGGUUACAGCAAUGGAGAUUCUGGGGAAGGAGACCGAGACCGCACUCGUAGGCCUCUCGAGCGCCGUAGUGGAACUGGCCGUGGAACUGAGAUGAAACGAGAAGGGUCAGGUCGGGGAAACUGGGGAAUGCAUACUGAUGAAUUGGCACAAGUGACUGAGGAAGUCGGUAAUGAAGAUGAGAAAAAUCUGAAUGUGGAGAAGCCCUUGGGAGAGGAAGAUGCUGCUGAAAAUGUAGAAAAGGAAGGUACUAAAGAGGAAAAUGAAGAGAAGCCUGAGGAUAAGGAGAUGACACUGGAAGAGUAUGAGAAGCUUCUCGAGGAGAAAAGGAAGGCUUUGCUUGGUCUUAAAUCUGAGGAAAGGAAGGUCGAUGCAAAAGAAUUUGAAUCAAUGCAAGCACUCUCAAACAAGAAAGCUAAUGAUGAUAUCUUCAUUAAAUUGGGCUCCGAGAAGGAUAAAAAGAAAGAGUUGGCAGAGAAAGAAGAGAGAGCUAAAAAGGCUGUCAGCAUCAAUGAAUUCUUGAAACCUGCUGAGGGGGAGAAGUACUACAGCCCUGGCGGUCGUGGACGAGGUCGUGGCCGUGGCGGCAGAGGAGGAGGCUUCGGUGGGCCAAGUGACAGGAACACUUUCCAAGCACCAGCCAUCGAAGACCCUGGGCAGUUCCCUACCUUGGGUGGUAAAUGAGAUGCUCCUUGUGCUGCUUCCUGCCGCUCGCUAUUAAUUGUGACAUUGAUUCUCAGUUUUGCUUCGUGAAUCUGGCAACACGUUUUGAAUUGUUUGUUUUGACAUUACAUUCUGAAAUCUCAAGUAUGUUGCCUUUUAUUACCCUUUUUACAUCCCUUGUCAAAUGUGUUGUGCGCUUAAUCCAUCGAUUUGUAAAUUACCUAAGGAACAGCCAAAAUAAUUGAUUCACACUUUUAUUUUUGUGUUUCA